AUGGAUAUACAGGGCGCCUUUGACACGGUUCUGCGGAACCGGCUCCUCCUACGCCUACGGGAACAGGGGGAACCGAACUCGCGCUUCGGCUACGCAGAUGACGUGGCCACCCUGAUCCGGGGCCGGUCCCUACAGGAGACGGCCGCCCGGGCCACGCGCGCCGCGGGUGAGCUCAUCCAGUGGGGAGCCGAUAAUGGCGUAGUAAAGGAGCCACAGCAGGACCUGCGCUGGCUCGGCGUCUGGUACGACAGAAAGCUCUCAUUCCGCACGCAUGUGGAGAAGUGGGCCGCGAAGGCGAUGACGGCCGCAGGGUUCCUCCAGAACCUCUCAAACACCCGGCGCGGAAUCCUCCCGGUCGACACGGCAUGCGGUCACGGCCUGCGUCCUCCCGAUCCUUUAUACGGCGCCCAUGUAUGGUACCCGGGGCGCUUCGGCCUGAUCCAGCUGACCUUAAACGUCGCGAUGCGCGCCAUCGCGCCCGUCUGGUGUACCAUGCCCAUUGUGGCCCUCCACCGAGAGACCGGGAUCCCCCCUGCCACGCUGCUCCUCGCAGACGCUCAGAGACGCGCCGCGACAAAACGCAGGCGGCGAGACUUCAACUCGUGGCUCCGGGUAUGCCCUGAAGAUACCCUCAUCGUCUACACUGACGGCUCGCAGAGCGAAGACGGCGCCUGCGGGACCCCGGACCAGCAGUGCCGGAUAGUCGUCUGCCUUGAUAACUCUGCGGCUAUAAGAGCCAUACGAGGCAGCCCAUCGAUCUCGUCGCAAGCGGCGGCGGAGAAGUUCGCUGAGGCCGCGGCUCGGCACGGAGACGUCAGGACGCGCUGGUGCCCCGGCCAUACGGGGAUCGCCGGCAACGAGCGGGCCGACCAGCUAGCAAAGGAGGGCUGCCGGGCCCUCGGCCCGGACAGGCCGCCGACGUACGCGAACAUCAAGAGACAGGCCAAGGCUGCGGCCAGGCGCGACUUCCAGGACUGGUGGGCCGCGGGGGCCCCGAGCAGCUACAAGAGCCUAGGGCUCAAGGCCUCGCUCGGUGCCCCCGGGCUGCACACCAAACGACAGCACCUCCAUCACCUGCUCGCUGCGAGGAGCGGGCACGGGGACUUCGCCGGCUGCCACGAGAGGUUUAACCACGAAGAGGCCCGGAUCGAAUGCUCCUGCGGAGGAGAAAAUCACCGACACACCCCUUCUACUGCCGGAAGGUAG